GCCUCCGCCAUCACCUACCUGUCUCAAAACCAAAACACACACACACACCACACUCAUUUCCCUAAUCUCCAAACAAAGUAUCACUUCCAAUUUCAAUGGCUUCAACUUCCAUAAUUUCAAUGUCUGUGCCAGUAACCUGUGCCUCUAGCAAGAAGAUAGAGGCACCAAUCUCUCAAGCAUUCUUGAAGGCACCAUUGACUUUGAAACCAUCAAAGUCCAACACAAGGUUUCAAUUUCAAGUGAAAGCUUCUCUGAAAGAGAAAGUUGUGACAGGUCUUACCGCAGCUGCAUUAACAGCUUCAAUGAUUGUUCCUGAUGUUGCUGAAGCUGCUACUGUUUCACCUUCUCUCAAGAAUUUCUUACUCAGUAUCGUUUCUGGUGGUGUUGUUGUUGCUGCCAUUCUUGGUGCUGUUAUUGCUGUUUCCAAUUUCGACCCUGUCAAGCGAACCUGAAGAGGAGGUGUAUUUUAAUUUAGUAUUUCUCUCAUCAUUAUCAUCUUCAUCUUCAUCUUCAUCAGUAUCUGUAUAACUCUAUUGUUCUCUUGAUCAGUAAUGAACUACUCUGUUGUGUGUAAUAUCAUUGUGACUCUUGAGCUACACUUGAGCAGUAAUUAAGUAGCUUUUCUAUAUAUUCUUAAAAUAUGUUUUCCA